ACUGGGGCCUCUCCUUUUAUUGAUGGAGAUGGCAUGGACGCCGGCUCGAUGAGGGGCCAGAGGGGCGGUGGCGGGGCGCCACGCGGCCCGCGCACCGUCACCAUCACCAAGACAGAGACCGGCUUCGGGUUCAAUGUGCGCGGCCAGGUGUGCGAGGGCGGCCAGCUGCGCAGCAUCAACGGCGAGCUGUACGGGCCGCUGCAGCACGUGUCCGCCGUGCUGGAGGCCGGCGCCGCGCACCAGGCCGGCGUGCUCAAGGGCGACCGCAUCCUCGAAGUGAACGGCGUCAAUGUGGAGGGCGCCACCCACAAGCAGGUGGUGGAGCACAUUAAGUCGGGCGGCGACCGGCUCACCCUCACCGUCAUCUCCGUCUCGGCUCAGGAGGCGGAGCGGCUGGAGCCGAGCGAGGAGGGCAGCACGUGCACGGCAGUCGACUACUCGGAGAAGCGCUCGCUGCCCAUCUCCAUUCCUGAGUACUCGACGGCCGAGCACCGCGGCGACAAGUUUAUCGUGUACAACAUCUACAUGGCCGGCCGCCACCUCUGCUCGCGGCGGUACAGCGAGUUCGCCAACCUGCACAAGGAGCUCAAGAGGGAAUUUGUCGACUUCAGCUUCCCAAGUCUGCCCGGAAAAUGGCCGCUCAAGAUGAGCGAGCAGCAGCUGGACCAACGGCGCCGCGGCCUGGAGGCCUACCUGGAGAAAAUCUGCUCGGUGCGCGCCAUCGCAGAGUCCGACCUCGUGCAGGAGUUUCUCACCGACAGUGACGACGAACAGGGCCACGUGGUGGUGGGCCUGAAGGUGCUGCUGCCCGACCAGGAGGUGGUCUCCGUGGCCGUCACCAAGAGCGCGCGCGCCGGCGACGUGUACCGCGCCGUCGUGCUCAAGACCGGCAUGCAGCCGGAGACGGCCGACGCGUUCGCGCUCUUUGAGAUAGUCGAGUACCAUUUCG